AUGAAUUCCAUUCGCCAAGUUCAAGCGCUCAAUAAGCGUGAGCUGGAGAAUGCCGUACCUCCGGAGGCAUCAUGGCACGCAGACUACCGCGAUACAGCUUACAUUUACAUUGGGGGUCUCCCAUUUGAUCUAUCCGAGGGCGAUAUCAUCGCGAUCUUCUCACAAUAUGGAGAGCCAGUGCAUGUCAAUUUGGUUCGCGACAAGGAAACGGGCAAGAGCAAAGGAUUUGCCUUUUUGAAAUACGAGGAUCAGCGCAGUACAGAUCUUGCCGUGGACAAUCUCGGCGGCGCAACUGUUCUAGGCCGCCUACUUCGAGUGGACCACACGCGAUACAAGCGAAAGGAUGAUGAGGAUCAGGAAGAUAAUGUUGCCAAGUUGAUGGGAGAUUCAACCGCCGGCGAGAAUAAAGAGGAUGAAGGGGAUCGACACAGCCAGAGAAAGGCAAUUAAAGAGCAACGACCAAUGCUUAAAGAGGAGAAGGAGCUGCAAGAGUUGAUUCGCAACCAUGAUGAGGAAGACCCGAUGAAGGAGUUCCUUAUUGAGGAGAAAAAGGAAGAAGUCGCGCUUGCUAUUCAGGCGUGGGAAAGCUCCAAGAAGUCAUCUAGGCGGCGUGACGACAGCAGAGAACGAUCCAGUCGACACCAUCGCAGACACCGGUCUCGUUCCCCUCGUGAACGGAGACAUCGGGAUGAACGUUCUCCAGACAAGGAAAGGCGUUCUCGCCAUCGGUCAUCUGAGAGAGGAGAACGAUCAAGAAGAGAACGGCCAUCGAGGGACUCGCGCUCGCCCGAAUCUCGUCCCCACCGAUCUGAUCGGGAUAGACAUGAUCGUCGCCGUUGA